AUGCGGGCUCUGCCACUGCUCAGCGUCGGCUGGGCAUGGCUCGCUCUCGCCCUCGCCCUUGCCAUCCCUUCAACCACCGUCCAUGCCGAAUCGCCCCCCGUCAAAGUGCAAUUGCGCGCUUCGUGGUCCAAAAUCCGAUUACCCAGCGGCGGCUCAUCAUUCCUGCUGGAGCUGCUCGAGGCAGCGCGAUCACAACGCCCUUCUAGCUUCUUUCCGUUGCUCGAGCUGCUCACGACCAAAUACACGGCUACCGAGCUGCGAGAGGCCACUGACGAAUGGCUGGCCAGUACGGUGCAAGACCUGAUCGAAUCGCACAAGUUGUUCGGAGCAUCGAGCACGAUUGCAGAUGAAGCGCUCGAAACAUGGCAUAUGUCUCUGGCACUGAGCAACAGCAGUCCAAGGAUUCAGGCUCUCGUCCAGCUUUACAGCACACUGCAGAUGGACGAGAUAUGGAAGAAAGGUUCGAAAGAUGAAUCGUGCAUCAGCUGGGUCCAUUUCCAGGAUCGUGUCUUGUGUUCGGGCGAGGAAGUCCGGCAGGCUACCCGAGACGCCAUGCCUGCGACAUUGGUACACGAUCCAAGCCGGGAGGUGUCGCUCGGCCAUUCUCGCAGCAGCAGCAGCAGCAGCAGCAGCAGCAGCAGCACAGAUAGCAAAGCAGCCACGCAAUCCUUUGUGCUGUACGCCGACCCAUUCUCCGACAACUUCUAUGAUCUUUUCUCCGCUCUCGAAGAGCAUGUCAAUCAGUCAGAUGCCAACUUGACUUACACCUUGCGUUGGAGGCCUUCCUUUACGAACUCCGCACCGUUGUCCGAAGUGGAACAAACCACGCUCCUUUCUGGCUACGGAGCCAUCCUCGACCUCAAGAAAGUAGACUAUCUCGUGAUCGAUGACCGGAAGCUCAAGGACGACAGCGACAUCGGCGACGUCGGCAUCUCGGCGAGCUCGCAGAGCGAAGACGGCGCCGCGGCAAAACAAGCCGCAGACGAGGCUCGAUGGCUUCGCGACCAGAUCGGUGCCGCCUCAAGCGCCGGUGGAGUCGCGCUAUCGUCGCUCUCUGACGAUCAGAUUGCCGACCUGGGGAUCAAGGCAGCGCGACUUAUCAUGGACUCCUCGGACCCGAUGCGGGCGUUGCAAGAACUUUCGCAGAACUUUCCGCUGCACGCAGCUGGUUUGGCACAGACGACAAAGUGGGACGAUGCCGACCGGUCCGCAGCAUUGGUGGACGCGGUACUGAAUCUGGCCAGCAUGCGUAUCGAGCCAGGACACUCGGAUCUGUGGCUCAACGGGCAAAGUACGAGCACCCGCGAUUUCAUGCCGCUGACGCUGCUAGAGACGUUGCGCAAGGAACGUGGCUGGAACCACGCGCUGCAGCAUCCUCUCGCGGGCGGGGGACUCAAUGUGACCGAAGCGAGCGAUCUCAUCUCGUCCAGCUUGGUGGGUCGAGCCUUCCUCGCUCAGGCAGACACCAAUGCAGCCGCAGCGAUCUUUGACGCCAGCGACCGCAUCGAAGUCAAGGACGCACCCGCAGGCACGCAGGCCGGCGGUGCGAUCACCUGGUUGAACGAUCUCGAAACGGACGCGGCGACGAGCGAAUGGUCGAGCGAUCUGAUGGAUUUGCUGCGCCCCAUGUGGCCGGGCAAGUUCCCGCGCCUGUCGUUGAACCUGUUCAAUGUCGUGCUCGUGCUGGAUCUGAGUCAGAAGGACACCUGCCGCUUCCUGUCCGACACGGUAAUCCAGAGUUUGGGCCGUGUGGGAUUGCAUUGGGGCCUGGUACCCGGUGGGCUGGAAGACGAGGUGGCUGGCGACUCUGUCCGUAUGGCGCGGCUACUCUGGUUCUUGCUCGAUCAUGCGAGUGCUCAGGUCGCCUCUGAUGUGCUGCGAAAGGCGGCGGCCAGCAGUGCUGGUUCUGCGGGCGCACUCGAUGUCUCACUCGCUGUCAAAGAAGCCAAAUUCACACUGAAGGGUAUCGACGCCGACGGCUCACUCUCCUCCAAACUCGAUGCGGCCCUCGCCGGCACUGACCCCACCUACACCCAGAGAGAAGCCUUGAGCAGAGCAUACAUCAAGCGCCUGCGCGCGACCCGAAAAGAAAGCGCGAGCGGCCAUGUCUUCAUCAACGGUCAGCACCAACCGUUCCACCCGCAGAUCGUCCACGUCCUCCACCAGGCGAUCCAGGAGCAGAUCCAGGUGCUGGCGCCCCAGAUCUACUACGGGCAGAUCAGCAGCAGUACACCUGGGCUCGAUACGUUCUUUUACGACGCGGUGGGCGCGCUGUCGUUCCGGUCGGCGCUGGUUGCCGGUGGCGGUGGUGGUGAGGAUGGCGAGGGUGCGAAACAUAGUGCGGUGGAUCUGUUCUCGGUGUUGGUGGAUGAUACGGUUGAAACGGCAACGGUGGAGAAGGUGUGGAACUUUUUCUACCCUGCUGCGUCGACGGGUCUGCUCAACUCGACGGUCUGGGUCUUCGCUGACUUGGAUAGUGAGGAUGGGUUGGUAUUGCUGAGUCGGUCUUUCGAGGCGCUCGCAAAGGAGGAUGCCAGGUUCAGACUCGGGGUGUUGCACGUUCCAUCGACGGGGCUAGGCGCAGACACUCGCGAUAGCUCUGUAUCGACGCUGCUGUACCGCCUGCUUGCCGAAGGGUAUACCGAAAAGUUCUCUCCGACGGAGGUGCUGGACGUGCUCAAGAAAGCGCACGACGGUCCCCACCAGUUGGAAGGCGCAUUGGGCUUGACGGCUGGUGGUGCAGAUUUCACACAAAAAGCUCGUCAAUUCUGGCAGAGUAUCGGCUCCAUCGUGGCCUCGAAACUUGACAUCUCCGAAGACGGUCCAGCGAUCCUGGUCGACGGCCACCUGGUUUCAAAGCUCGACGUGUUCUCCAUCGAAGCUCGCGACAUUACCGCGCUCGUAGAGUACGAAGCGGGUCAAAAGCUGCCGUAUAUCAUGCAAGCGCUCGCUCUUCUUCGCUCUGACAUCGACUCGAUGCCCAUCCACCAGCGUCAGGACCUCGUCUUUGCCGCGCUGUCCGUGAUGAACGGCGUCUACGACCAAGGCGGUGCGGGUCAGGGGAUGUUCACAUCCAAAGCCAGCUCUCGAUCCGGCCUCCCCGAGCAACUGGGCACGUCCGACCACGUGUUCGAGAUCGGCGACCGCGCCACGGCCGAUGUGCGCAUCACGCUGCUGCUCGACCCGCUCUCCGAGGCGGCGCAGCGGUGGUCGAGUACCUUGGUGAUGCUACGAGAGCUCCGGGGGGUGUAUCUGCGCGUGAUCCUGAACCCGCAGAUCAAGCUGCGCGAGCUGCCGCUGAAACGGUUCUACCGCUUCAGUGCGCCGCAUGCGCUCGCGUUCGACAGCGCAGGCAGAGCGAUCGCCCCCGAGCUGCGCUUCUUCGACAUGCCCGAGGACGCGGUGCUGACGCUCGGGCUGGAUGCACCGGCGCCGUGGCUGACCAUGCCGAUGGAAGCCGUGUACGAUCUGGACAACAUCCGGCUGGCGGACGUGCCGUCGAGCUCGCGCGCCAAAGGCGUCAAGGCGGUCUACGAGCUCAAGCACAUUCUGAUCGAGGGGCAUGCGAGGCAGGAGAGCCCCACCGCCUCCUCGGCAGUGACGGUCCCGCGUGGGCUGCAGCUCCUGCUGGAGACGCCCGAUGGCAGCACGAAGCUGGAUACGAUUGUGAUGGCGAAUCUGGCAUAUUUCCAGUUCAAGGCUCAGCCGGGGCUGUGGAGGUUGAGGAUCCGAGGCGGGCGCAGCGACGAGCUGUACGAGAUGCAGAGUGUUGGAGGCGAGGGGUGGAACAGCCCGCCUGUGGAGGUGACGGGCGAGCAUCUGGUGCUUGAUACGCUGAGCGGGUUGACGCUGUAUCCUCGAGUGGCGAAGCGGAGGGGGAAGGAGAGGGAGGAGUUGCUGGAGGAGCUGGAUGCGCAGGGGCGACCGAUCAAGAAGCAGCGGGGCAGUGCGGUGCGGGCUGAAGGGGGUCUAGCUGCCUCAGCCGGGCAGAUGUUCCUAUCCGCCAAAGACAAAGUUGCUUCCCUGGCGCGGUCCGUCGCGUCCGGCACGGCUUCGCCCUCCAGCGCAGCAACAACGCGUGCGCACGCAGACAUCAACAUCUUCACGGUCGCCAGCGGACACCUGUACGAGCGCAUGACGUACAUCAUGAUCCUGUCGGUUCUCAAACACACGACGAGCAGCGUCAAGUUUUGGUUUAUCGAGAACUUCCUCUCGCCGUCAUUCAAAGAGUUCAUCCCGCACCUGGCGGCCGAGUACGGGUUCGAGUACGAGCUGGUCACGUAUGCGUGGCCGCACUGGCUGCGCGCACAGACGGAAAAGCAGCGCACCAUCUGGGGGUACAAGAUUUUGUUCCUCGACACGCUGUUUCCCUUGGACCUGGGCAAAGUCAUCUUUGUCGAUGCGGAUCAAGUUGUGCGCACGGACAUGCGCGAGCUGGUGGAGCUUGAUCUGCAGGGCAACGUGUACGGCUACCCACCCAUGGGCGACGAUAGCGAAGACAUGGACGGCUUCCGCUUCUGGAAACAGGGCUACUGGAAAGACUACCUGCGCGGCCGACCGUAUCACAUCUCGGCGCUGUACGUCGUCGACCUGCACCGCUUCCGCCUCUUCGCCGCCGGCGACCGCCUCCGCGGCCAGUACCAGGCCCUCUCCGCAGACCCGCACAGCCUCAGCAACCUCGACCAGGACCUGCCGAACAACAUGCAGGCCAGCCUGCCCAUCUUCACGCUGCCCAAGGAGUGGCUCUGGUGCGAAACCUGGUGCUCCCACGCCUGGCUCCCCGACGCAAAGACCAUCGACCUCUGCUCCAACCCCAAGACCAAGGAGCCCAAGCUCGACCGCGCCAAGCGCCAAAUCCCCGAGUGGACCGUGUACGACCAGGAGGUCGCCAGGCUCGCCCAGCGCUUGGUCCAGGAGCAGAAGGUGGGCAAGAGCGUCGUUGCGCCCGAUAGCCAGGUCGAAGCCAAAGCGGGCAGGCAGCAAGAGGAAGAGCAAGGGAAAGGCAACACUGACGCACACGCAGACACAGAUACAGACACAGACGCACAUGUCCACGACGAGCUCUGA